AUGGUGGCCACCAGGGUUGUCUAUGUCCCACCAGAAGGUUCCAGCCCACCCAUGUCCCCUGUGCCGUGUCCCUUUGUCCCCACAGCCUCGAGGAACGUCCGGUGGGUGAUUGAGGGGACCUCCUGUGACCUCCCCUGGCAGGCUGCCCUCUUCAAAGGCCAGAAGUUCAUCUGUGGUGGGACCUUGGUGGACAGGAACUGGGUGUUGACGGCCGCCCACUGCCACGUCCCAGGCUUCAUCAACAUCCGCCUCGGGGGCAGGAAGCAGAAGGACUCUGGUGGGAAGGAGCAACGGCGCCGCUCGGCCAAGGUCUUCAGAUACCCUCAGUACAACGAGACCAACAAAGAUGGAGACUUGAUGCUCAUCAAGUUCUUCUUGCCCGUCCACAUCAACAAGGAGGUGAAACCUCUGCCCCUGGCUUCUCACUGUCCCGUCCCCGGCAGGACCUGUCAGAUCUCGGGUUGGGGUUCCACCACCAGCCCUGAAGUCACCUUCCCUGAGGACCUCCACUGCGCCAAGGUCACCAUCGUCUCGGAGGAGGAGUGUCGGGGGGUCUACGGUGACUCCGUCACCUCCAACAUGGUGUGUGCGGGCGAGUCCCGCGGCCGGGCCGACUCCUGCCAG